UCACUUGCGUUAGCACUCAUUACCUACUGACAUCUAUUUCCUGAUAUCACUCUCCCUACUUUUCUGCCUGCGGCUUGUUUUGUUUUGGUUUGACUAGCGCUUUCUGUUGUUCUGUUGGGUCAGGAUUAGCCUAUUAUGCUAUGUGCGGGUUGAUAGGAAUAUUAUGAAGCCCUCUAUUCUCGUGUGCUUCGUGGCCUGUUUCAAACUAGUGUCAGCUGGUAUUAGUGCAGAAGCAUGCAAACAAAGUGCAGGUGAUGAUGAUCACAAUAUACAAGUACUGUCCAGGGUUUUCAUAGGGUAUGGACGGAUGUCUGAUCAUGUCAUCUAUCUUCCCAAAUCAUGCCUUGAACCUACAUUAGCUCCUUCACGAGAAGAAUGGUCGAUGGGUGGUGAUGGUCCUUCUAUUCUAGGACCUUCUGUCUAUAAAUCACUCUCAUAUCGUGAUGUCAAAUGUCCUCCUGAUAAGUUGAAUUAUGACGUUAUUCGUCAUUUCGCUAAUGAACUGGUUAAAAAUAAGUUGCUUCCUGUUGAAUGCAGUGAUGGAAGAAACAGUGAAGAAUUAGCUGUUGGCAUCAUCUUAGUUGCAAUGGGAUAUCCAACCGAAGCAUACAAUCAUUACAACAAGAUGUCACUGGAGGAUGUUUCCUGUCCAGCCAUUUACUAUGGAAGAGCAUUAGCAUAUGCAAAAAGUGGAUUGUCACAACAAGGAAAUGCAGAAAAUGCAUUGAAUGACUACAAUACUGCUCUGAAGUAUAUUAAAAGUGAAGAAGCUGCUCUUGCUAUAUUGGAAAGGAGAGCAGAAGUAUAUCAAGCAAUGGGACGAUUACAUGAAGCAAAUAAUGACUAUUCAAGAAUUUUAAAAAACAACUUAUCAGAUCCUAAUAUUUAUAUGCACAGAGGAAGUGUAUUGUUUCUGUUGGAGGAAUAUAGCAAAGCUCAUGAUGAUUUUCAAAAGUCGCUAGAUAAUACACCAGAUCAACCAGUAGCAAUGCAUUAUCAAGCUCUUUGUCUUUACCAUAUGGGUCGAUUGAAGGAAUCCAUAACUUUAUUUCAGGAUAUUCUAAAAUUGAAACCAGACUAUACAGAGGUGAUACAAAGCUUGGGCCAAGCAUACAGAGAACUGGGAGAGUUCGAUUUGGCAAUAGAAAAUUUCAACAAAGCAUUGUCUGUAAAUCCAACCGAUGCAAGAUCAUAUCGUUAUAAAGGACAUUUACAAUACAAUCAUGGGGAUGCUGAUGAUGCUCUACAAUCUUUCAAGACUUGCACAUCUCUCGAACCAUUCAAUGAACCAUGUCAGUUCAUGAAAGCAGUUUCUCUUGCAACUAUGGGGCAGUAUUAUCCAGCUGUUAAAGAAUUUACAAAAGUGAUGUUGAAUCAUCCUGUGGAUCCAGACAAACCAUCACUUGAAUAUACAAGAGUGAUAUAUUUGAGAGAAUGGUGCAGAUACAUGCAUUCUCAUCUCGAUAAAAGUAUUGUUGAUCUCUGCGCUGAAACAAAUCUCUCAAUGGAGUUUAGAGAACACUGGGUUAAUUCUUAUCCAUUCAACUUACUGAAUUAUACGGAACAACCCGGUAUUCAACCUCAUAUCAAAGAUGUGGAAACGCCAGAGUGGGACAGUCUUUCUUCGAAAAUCCGGCUAUUAUCUUGUGAAGGAUAUCAUAUGGGAAAUCUAUUACAAUAUCAUGAUUCUGAAGGGUUUCUUGGGAAUGUCAGAAUGACAUUGGCUAUGGGACUCGCUACGUUGGAAGUUUCUCAAGCUGUUCGAGAUUUCUUUCGUUCUCCGAAGACUUAUAAACCUAUAUACGGUAAAAAAUUAACAUGGAAAACGGCCUUUGAUAUUGCAGUGAAAUGGAAGAGGUUAGUCGAUACGAAUCAACCUAUCCUGUGGUUAGAUCAACUUCCAUCUACAAAAUCAAAGCCAAGUUCAUUUGUACAUCACAUCAAUUUAAUCAAGGGUGACAAAUAUAACAUCCAGUACAUUACUUAUCUUCACCAAGUUGUUGAUUUGAUGAAAAAACUUGUGAUGGAUUUUACUAAUGCAAUGUCCUCAAGUGACUAUAAAAGUGAAUUAGAAAGAGCUGAUGAUUAUACAUCACUAAUGAAGACAAUAAUGAAAUAUGGUGGACCGCAGAUGAACGACCCAGGAUUCAUGUUGGGAACCAAAGUACCAAGUGUUAAAGAUAGAAAUAGAAAACAUUUGGAUGGAUUCAUGAUUUCUCUGGGAUCUAUUGAUAAGAACAAUUAUACAGUGCUGUCUAUAGAUAUAGCGACAAAAAGAGCAAGAACACAACAAUAUCACGCUGAACUCGAUUUUUUAUGGGAUAAAUUCACAGACGACAUGAAGAAGUCGGUAAAUGACGAAUCUGAGGCUCUCCAAGAUUCUCUCGUUAACACUGUGUUAUCUAUAGCUUAUUAUUUCUACAACUUUAUGCCGAUAUCCGAAGGAUCAGGCGUUGUUUCUUACGCAACAACUCUAGGAUUACUACUUGCAGUAGGACAAGAGGUCACAGGGCAAAUGCCGGAUGAAAAGAUUUUAGAAAUGGAUGCAUUGUUAGCGGAAACACCGGAGAUUUUUGUCGAUGAAAUGAAAUCAUGGAUGAAUCUUAAAAGGGCUCGUGAACAAAUCACAACUGACCUACCGAAAAUCCAUCUAACGUUUCCCACAGUGAGAAGUUGUCUACAGAUUGUAAACAUUGACUUGAGUGAAAAAUGCAAAUAAAAUCUGAAUAAUUUUUUUCAUGUGACAGGUUAACCUAAGUGUCUGAUGUUUUUUUUUCUAUUUAUCUUUAUUGUUUUAAUUUUCUUUUUUAUAAUUGGGUCUACGUCUAAUGCAUCGAGCAAGGCUCUGUCUGCCACAUAGGCGGAAGAAGCUGCUGGUUUGAAAUAAUUAAUUAAUUAAUUCGCAAAUAAUUGAGUGAAAAAUCAAAAUACAAAUGAGCAAAUAAUUAAUCGAUUGGAACUAAUGAAAUAUUUUGGAAAAUUUCUUUGCGAUGAUCCCUGUGAUGUGUAUGGAACAUUUCAUUUGGAAUUAUUGUCUUAUUGAUAGAAUUUUUACCAGGUUGUGCCAAUCUUCUUAACUAUAUUCAGAGUAUUCGAGAAAAUUGCCCGCGUUUUCGUAUUUCGUGACCGUAUUUUUCCACACCGUCCAAUUGGAUGAUUUGGGGUUGAAUACUUAUAUAAUUUGAAUAAAUUGAAUAAUUUUCGGUGUCUUCUGUUGCGUGAAUUUCAGUUGUUUUCUUUUACUUCCUAUGCAAACUCGUUACUAUUUAGCGACUAGUUUUAAUCGUCUUUAUAUUUGAAAUAUUUCAAAACUUGAAAUUUUAUCUUGUGUGAUAUCCUAUCCAUUUCGGUUUACAAGAAAUAAAAUACCUUCACCACUAAGCAAAAAGU